AGUUAGCCAACGAACGCGUUUCAUUAUGGACACGGAGGCGCAGAUGAAAAAAUCAGCAGCAGCUGGAUCGUCUGGUGGCCAAGAUGAAGUUGAUUUUACCAGCGGUUUUGAGACACAAUAUCAAAAGGAAUAUAGCAGUAUAAGGCCAAACAUUUAUAUCCCACCGCCGGAUAAGAAUUUUGCAUGGUAUCGCAAUUGCUCAACCAUUGGAAUGGUCCUAUUUCUGGCCACAACAUUUCUAAUUGGCAGCAUUUUACUUCUAAUACAAAUCACAAAUGCCAGUGCCUUGUUAAUAUUGAUUAUUAUCUGUGUCUAUGUGGCAAUUGCCGUAAUGAUGAUUUGGUUAGAAGUGCAGAGCAUUAAAGUGAGGUGAAACAAAGCGAAACGAAACGAAACGAAAUAUCGAUAAAGAAAUGUAAUAAGUGUCUAACUAAUUAGUUCAAUUAAGUAUUGUGUAAACAUAAUUGGAAAUCAAUGACAAAAUAAUCUGAAUUAUAAUCUGUAAACUCCACGUUUUAGGUAUAAGUUUUCAAUAAAAUGACGAAACAAAAUCCAUGUAUGUAAAUCGA